GCUCUAGGAUAAACAAUGGCUGCCACUUGUUGUUCCACCUUUGUUUGGUUCGCUUUAGCGCGGCGGUGGGGCUUGGAAUGCGUUCAGCAGGGCUGCUUCAAGAUGGCGUCAACAAAAGAAGAAUUGCUUUCUGAUCUAGGUUUUUCGGAAGAAUCUCUCGAAAUUUCGAGCCGCUGCGGAAUUCACUUCUACGAGCUGCUUAUGUAUACGGCGGACGAUUUUAGAAAAAAUCUUAACCAGACUAAUGUUGCUUGGAGCUGCGAAGCUUUUUACGACUUCGUGCAGGCGUGGAGAACACGGAAUAAAUUAACAAUAUCGAAAGUGUUUUUAAGUGAUCUGACGGCUCCGGAAAUACCUGUUGCAGUUAACAGUGGCCAAGCAAGUCAAAUUAGUGGCCAAAUCGAAACAGAUAAAGACCGAUUGCCAUCAGACGCGGAUACCGACAGCUCAGCAAGCGACGAAGAUUUUGACGGCGGAAACAUUAAGCAAAGCAGCGAAGACAAACACCCAACAGAAAUCCAACCGGAUGUUGUCGAUGGUGCCAGCGGAUCACAAAUAAAGCAACGCGAAACCAUUCCUACGCCGAGCUUCCUGCAAUCACCUCUAGAAGCUACGGAAGAAGGUAAAGCUAUUAUAGAGCAAGCACAAAUAGGAGAGCUCUCUGACGAAAAGCAACUUCAACUUGCGGGAACGAUUGCGAGAUUUCACCUGGAAAUGAAAAAAAUUACGCACGGAGGAUCUAGAAAACUAUUCGUUAGCUGUUACGAGUCUCUUCAAGUCUGAGCGGAAGGAAAACUAUUUCAUCUGCAGAGGAGGUGAACGACGGAAUAACGGCGGUAGGAUUCCCAACAAAAUUUCGAACCUUAAACAAAAGAAAAGAAAAAGUGAAAAAAAAGAAAAGUAACAUCUGAAACAACUAAACGUGCGCGGUCCAGUUGAUCCAUCCUUUAAUCCGGCUUCCAUUGAAGCGGCAGAUUGGUUGAUAUUAAACCAGGAACCAUGGUCUGUUGUGCUGGAAAAGUGGCCAUUAAGCUUUAGUGUUAGACAGCAAUAUCUUGGAAGUGGCAGUUUAAUACCCAUACUUUUUUCAUCUUACCCUCAUUACAAGCUUUACCAUGGAUACCAGCUCAUUGAUAUUGACUACAAAUUUCUAAACAUCGGUGCAUCCAAUGGAGUGCAGAAGUUGGAAUCUGCAACAGCCGCUAGUUCUUCAUUCAUCGCAAAAUAAGCCGCCGAUCCGUCAGCUGUAGGAUUAUUGAAAUAUUUAACCAACUGCGACAUUAACCAAGGUGAUGAAUGUUACAUUUUAUGUUUUGUUUUAAAUGUUGCUUAUUUUUUCGUUUUAGAUACCAAGCUCUCCUAAGUUCUCCCACCAAACAUUGUUUCUACAAAGUUUAAGCCAACGAUUUACGAGGCUCAGGAGGAUUCGAUAAUAUUUGUAGAUUCUAGUGACCAAAUUACUACGAAGUUAAAAUCCACCUAUAAAUUAUAUGCGGAUAAAAAGCUUCCGAUUUCGCCCAAGCUAGUUGCUGUCGGAACAGGAUUGGACACACUAACCGGAAGAUUUUAUGUGCAUCAUCCGGAUUUCUGCUUCGAGUUACCAACGGCUACAAGGGCCAUCGACGUGCUGAUCAAAACCACACACACAUUUGGUUUAAAGUACUCGAAGAUAUCAAAAAUCGUUUGGCAUUUUAUAAGUUCCUUCGCUUACAACAUUGAACAUCCUGAGACCUACGCCAGUGUUAACAGGCUCAAUAAUUUUAUUGCUCUAGUGGAAAGCACCUCUACCGAGAAUGUUUAGAUGUAUGUUCGAAUACUGUAACAUAUCUUUCAAAGCCGCUGAAUAUAUUACACAUUUGAGAGAUUUCCAUAGAGUCCCCGUAAAUCAUCACUACAGAUGCACCGUGCCUUCAUGCAGACAAACUUUUUCCAAACAAUAUCCGUUCAAAAAACACAUAUUUCGCCACGAGGAACAAAUCAGUCAAGAAUGCAAUCAAAUACCAUUGCACGUCGAUCGUCCGUUAGUAUCAGUUGCUAAUGAGAGUAAUGAUUUUAAAAGACAGAAAAUAAGCGAAGUAGACAUAAGUAAUCCAGUAGUCGAAUCGACAGACAGACUAAAUGGAAUCGACAAAUCAGCACCAGCAUUAACUUUAAGUUUACACGCGAAAGCUAACAUGAGUAGAAAAGACGUAUACGAUAUCCAGAGAAAAAUAAAGUUAAUGUUCGAAGAGACGGCAAAUCAAUUACACGAGCUUCAAAUGAUACCACCUGAUGCAGAAGCAAAUUUUUAUUAUGAAAAUUAUAUUUAAAAACUGAAAAAUUUUUUAGUCCCGUAAGUUCUGAUUUUAAGCUUUUUAAUCAUUUGAAAAAUACAAACCGCUUUGAGUUACCAUCUAUCACAAUCAUAAAUAACAAAGAAGAGCUGGAAUCGAAAGAGAUAGAUAUGGAAUGUGAUACAGAUACUGUAAUAAAUAAAAGUUACAUGAUUAAAAUGCCCCUUAAAUUUCAAAUUAAAUCAUUUUUACAAUCUAAUAAAACAUUCAGUAUAAUGUUAGAAAACGCAGAAAAACUAGAAAGCUCCGGAAAAAUUUGCAAUUUUGUAAAUGGCUCUAAAUGGAAAUAAGUACGUCAAAAAUAUCAGGGAGAUUCAGUCAUUCCUCUUUGGCUUUAUGCAGAAGAGUUUGAGAUUAAUGACUCUCAAAGUUCCCACUCUAACAGACAUUCUGUUUGUGGCAUUUAUUAUAAUUUUCCCACAAUUCCAUCUGAGUUCAGCUCAAAGCUUUGCAACAUAUUCGUAGCCGGUAUGGUUAAAAAUACUGACAUGAAACAUAACUGUAUUAACAAACUUAUCACUGUUUUAUUAAAUGACUUUAAAUCAUUCGAAGAAAAAGGAAUACAAUUAAAUAUUGAUGGAAAGUUAGAAAAUGUAAGAAUCGUUUUGGGUUUACUUCAGGGCGAUAAUUUGGGUAUACACACUUAAUUGUAGUUUUCUAGUGGAUUUAAUGCUACAUUUUACUGUCGCUUUUGCCGUAGAUCAAAAGAGUUGUUAAAAUCAGAUUUCAAGGAGCAUGCAGACUGUUUACGCAGAAGGCUAGACUACGACGAGGAUGUUGAAGAAAACAAACAGAGCGAAACAGGCAUCACUGAAAAAUCUAGUUUUAAUCAGCUACCGUCUUUUCACGUUACUGAGAAUAAAAGUGUCGACGCAAUGCACGAUCUUUUCAGUAACGGGAUUUGCAAAUACGGAUUGGUAGAAAUAUUAAAUUUUUACAUAUAUGAAAAACAAUAUUUUACCAUACAAGAUUUCAAUGACCAGAGAAAAAAAAUUAGUAAAAACUGCUUGGAUAGCGAAUUGCAAAGAAUGCCUGACAUUUCAAGUCAUUUCAGCAGCAAAGACAAGAGGAAAACUGUAUUGUUAAAAUUGACAUCUAGUGAAAUGCGUUUCUUGAUUCAUUACUUUCCUUUAAUUGCGGGUCGAUUUAUUCCAAGAGGAGAUAAGGUUUGGACCUAUUGUGUGGCGUUAGUAAAACUAGUUGAAAUGUGUCUAAAACGAUCAUUCACGGAAACAGAAAUCGAUAAGCUUCAGGAAGCUAUCACCAUGCGUCACGAGCUGUACAAAAAAUUAUUUAAUAAGGAUUUAAAACCGAAGCAACAUUUUGUCGUUCACUACCCUUCUGUAAUUCGAACUUCAGGCCCUGUAGAGCAGAUGAUGUGUUUUCGAAACGAGGCAAAUCAUAAGAAUUUCAAACAAUACGCUCACAUCAUGUCGUCACGCAAGAGCAUUUCUUACACUUUAUACGUUAAAGCAUCUAUGAAGUUUGCUUACGAUUUACUUAACGAGAAUUUUUUAAAGGUUGAGUUGAAUAACAAUUUUGAAUUUACUGAUAAUCGUUUGCGCUAUUACUUCAAAGAUAUUGCUCAGUUAACUAUCUUAAACAAUGGUUUUGAUGUCAUGAUGUCUAAAAAGAUUAACUAUAAAGGUACUGUUUAUAAAUCUGGAAGUUUCAUUGCGUUAGGUGGUAAAAAUGGUUUAAGCUUGUAUCAAGUAGUGGAAAUCGUUCACCAGAAUUGUGGUUACUUUUUAAUAACUCAAUACUGGAAAGAAGGUCACUUCGACGAGCAUUAUAUGGGCUUCAAGGCAAUAGAAUCAAUCCCAACUUAUAAAAUCAUAGAUAUUGAAGAAAUUAAGAAUCCACCAAUAAUGUUACACAGAAUUGAAGAGCUAUUUUACUUUCGUUUAAAACCUAGUUUUAAUGAUUAAUGAAAUAUUUUUAAUUUUAUGUAUAUAGCAUACAAUAAAUAAAAUCACACAUUGUUACUUGUUA